AUGUUCGUGUGGGUCAGCUUACUUGUCGGCGUGAUCGGCGCUUCCGCAUCACAAUUCCACUACGAAGCUACCCCGACCCGAAGAGUACAGGAAGUCUGCAGGAUUUGCUAUGAAGACGACUGCUUUCCCAUAGACCGGACCCCAUGCGAAUACUUCACCCAAGUCGAUGAUGUUUUGGAGAAAUACGAUGCUGGUGAUUUUGGGAGCGGCAGCGAGGUGGAUGUGGCUUUGGCCGAUGUAAUGGAAAGCGCGUCAACAUUCGAUACUGAUUGCAUUCCGCUUGUAUCAAAGUAUACAGAUUGCACGAAAGAAAACAUAUGCACCGGUUGCAAGUCGUGCACUUGUGAUGGACGAGGUCAGUGGAACUGCUCAACGAGGUCGCGAUGCAAGCCUGACCUCAAGGUCAACAUGGACCAACAAGUUUUGCUCUCAGUCAUAGAUGCAAUGACAAAUUCUGUCAACGUGCAAAGAUCGAAACGUUCAACAGAUCAGUCUCGAGAUGAACUGAAUAAUACAAAAAGCGUUUACCAAGAAAUAACUGAAUGGCUGUACGGACUCUCGACUGACGCUGAGAAAAAUAGCAGCACAGUUAACGCUAAGGGAUUGGGAGAUCAAAACGAUCUAAACGAUUCGUUAAUUUUCGAAACCACUGCAUCUCCGGGAUCGUUGACAACCACAAAAUUCACAGAUGACUAUCUAGCUUUCGAUUACGUCUUAAAUAGCGUCGCGGUAGACUUAGCAAACAAUAACAGGCGAAAAUUUCUAGAAAGCCAUCAAGAAAAAGAUUUCAAUUACAUGGAUUUUGAUGAUACUACAAAUGUAUCUGAAAUUGUAAAUAAAAUUGAAGAUAAUGAGGUAACUACUGUUACAAAUAAAGUGAUUGUUGACCUGCUUGACUUCGCAAAAGAAAAUCAAGAUUUUAAUGUUUCUAGAGGCUUCACAAACCAAAUAAACGUCUUGGAUCCUAUUGAAUCAGACACCUACAAUCCUGGCCUCGAAAAACUCAACAUUAUUAAACGGAACCCAAAUGAAAACAUAUCGCUAUUGACUAACAACAACGAUAACAAAAUGUAUACAGUUGACGAAUUACAAAACAAUGUGUUAAAACCUUUAAUCAAUAUCAUAAAUGAGAAAAGUAAAGAACUCCAGGAUUUGAUAACCGUUAAAGAUAGUAUUCAGAAGUUUACUAAAAUUGAUUCUAAUUCUGACGUAAACAUAACGAGCACAAACUCGACUGUCUCUAUUUAUAAAUUAGAAAUUAUGGAUGAUCUAUCGACAGAGAGUUAUCCUCGGAGAAGUGAUAAGAAUAAGCUUGAAUAUUUGUUAGAAAAAUUAAAACGAGACGUAUACGAAGUGGUGAGGGAUUUUAUAUUGAUAAAAAAAAUUAAUACAAAAGAAUUGCCAAAAGAAUUAAAGUUUUUAUACACUGCCAUGAAACGUUUUAUCAGCAUGGAAAAAUCUAUUAAACUGAACUUAAAAUUAACUAGAAAAUUCAUAAAUAAUAGUGACCUUUAUUUAAAUUUCGUUAAAAAUGUAACUAAUAUAUUUGAAAUGAUAAUUCGAAAUCAGAGUGGAUUAAUUACACUUAAUAAUUUGAGCUCCGGAACAUUUAAACUAUUAUCUAGGCUUGUUAACGAUUACUAUGUCGAUGAUCUAGCAAAACUAGGUAUAACAGUCGAUACACCUCAUUAUAAUCUAACCAACGAACUACAAACUGUUGGAUUCAAAUGGAAUCGAUUAGCAGAAGAUCUUCAAAAUAGUUCCAUAUAUGACAGAAAUUAUGCUUUAAAAUUAUUACAUUUAGCUGUUAUGAAUGACAUCGGUAAAAUGAGUGAUGCCUUAGCUUUGAUCACUUUUGCGGGCAGCCGAAGAAUGGUACCAAUAGACGAUCGCAUAGGUAAUGACCUAAUAGAUAAUAUAACUCAAGGCUUAAUAUCAAUAAAUGAAAAAAUCAAGACAGUUUUAAAACUUCACAUGAAAAAGCCCAAAAAUAGAAUCAUUGAAAAUAAUAAUAAAAAUAAUAAAUCUAUAAAAAACAUCAAAAAACAAUCAUUGAUGAUGAAGUUGAAGAAUAUCUUAAGAACUUCGAAAGCAGACAUUAAAAAAUUACUAAAAAAGAAAGUGCCUAAAGCCGAUAUAGUUAAGGAAAUAGCAAAGAAGCGAUUACACGAAAUGACAAGAAGAAGAAUGGAAGAAUUAGAAGACACGAUGAGGAAAUGGCAGAGUAAUUUGAACAUCAUCCCUAGGGAUAAGAGAUCUGCAAAGAAACUUAAAGUUAAGAAACGGAUUAAGAGUAUUAUACCUAGAUAUUUAAGAGGCAAAGUUGAUCCAGCGAUAGCUAAGAAAUCGGGAAAUGUUAAAGUAAAAGAAGAAAAAAUCAUACUAAAUAAACAAAAAUCGACUCGAUGA